UCCUCCGGUCAACACUGGAGGACACGCAGGGUUGCUUCCCCUGCGCUGCAGCCCCAGCCGCUCCUGUGCAAGAAGGCCCCGUGAUCUAUGGUUUCCUUGGGCCAUCUUGUCUGGACAUUGUCUGGACAGUGUGUCCCUGGUGACAAACGGGCCUUAUUAUUAAGUAGAUAAGUUCCAAAGCGCAGGGCCUUGGAAUGUAACACGUCCAUCUGUUUUAAAGAGAGUAAAUGUUUUAUUAAUAGCGUUAUUUGGACUGUUUGAAACCUUAGCAUCACUUUCUUCCAAUCAAAACUAUUUCACUCAGAUCCCUUAAGUUAUGGAACGGGCUGCAGGCAGGUGUGCUGUGUCCUGGCCCUGAAACCUUAAAAACAGCCUUGAGAACUUAGUAUUGAGCAGGUCUGUCAGUGAUGUAGCAGAGUACUGGGAAUUGAGGAAGGCAGCUGUCCCUCCUGCCUCAUCCCCAGUUGUAUGAUGGCUCGGACCAUGGAACCCCUGGCAAGGAAGAUCUUUAAAGGAGUUGUAGCCGCUGAGGUUGUGGGUGUCUUUGGAGCUUAUUUUCUGUUUAAGAAGAUGGACUCGAGCCAAGAUUUCAGGCAAACAAUGAGCAAGACGUUUCCCUUCAUUUUGGAAGUUUAUUACAAAUCCAUGGAACAGUCUGGAAUGCAUGGCAUUAGAGAGAAAGAUCAGCAGAAAUGGUUGGAAAGCAAAAGUUAAGGAUUUGGUCCCCAGUCAAUGUUUAUCUUUACAAGAAACCAACAGUAUCACUCAGGAUUAAAAUUCCACAGCUGACAUGGAUGGAGUUUGUAAUAUGUGAAACAAAAUAUAAAUCGUAAUUCAGGUCUUAUUUUUUGGGCUUGAAAAAUCUGACUGAAGAAUGUUUAUUGUAUUUUCAAUAAACUUAUAUUUGUGCUACUGAAAAUAAAAUGUCUAUUAAAAACUUA